AUGCAAUCAGCCAAUGAGCCUCUGCAAAGCUGGAUAAGCAGCCAGACGCAGUUCUCCAAGCGCCGGAUUCUCUCAAACAUAGCGCCCUUUGCAGACGACCCCUCGGCGCUGCCUGGCGCCGUCUGCGCCUCGCCCUCCCGCCACCACCCCGACUACUAUUACGCGUGGACGCGCGACUCUGCGCUGGUAAUGAACGAAAUGUUCUCCUGGCUUUUGCUAAACCAGACCAUGGGCGACACGUCACUGCCGGGCCUCAGGUACGGACUGGGCGAAGCCAAGUUCCACAUGGACGGCAGCGCAUUUACCGGCAGCUGGUGCAAUGCGCAGACGGACGGGCCGGCGAUCCGCGCAUAUAUGCUGACAAAGUACGCUGGGUACCUGCGCGACCGUAGCCAGCCCAUUGAUUAUCUGUACAGCAGCCAGGCCAAGUCCGUUAUUAAGACGGAUCUGGAGUAUAUUGCCGAAAUGUGGCAGGAUACCAGGACCUGCGAUAUCUGGGAGGAGACCCGUGGGGCGCAUUUCUACACGCGCAUGGCGCACAAGCAGUCCAAUCUGGACACGCAGGUGCUUCUGGCCGCACUGCAUUUCGGCAACACCGACUCCAAAUACUCGGCGUUUGAGAGCUUGUAUCCGAUCAACAGCGUGGUCAGCACCGACAUCAGUGGCAUUAGUGUGCCCAUCGGUGUAGCCAUCGGGCGGUACCCCGAGGACGUGUAUAAUGGCGACGGCACGUCCAUGGGGAAUCCGUGGUCGCUGGCCACUUCGGCCAUGGCCUGA